AUGGCAGGCAGAAUCAGAUCAUAUCUUCAUAUUUUCUCUCCCCAACAACACCAUUUCCCUUUGAUAGACCCUGGCGCAAGACAGCUUCCUAUGGCCUUGGAAAUCCCAGAAUAUAUUUGUCCAUUGCAUAUUUGUGAUAAUAAUCCCACUCUUCAAUCGCUACACCAAUCCGAGCCAUGUAUUUCACUGGCGUCUGAAGCGGGUGGGACUUAUUUAUUCGACGGAAUCAUUACAGACCAGACCGUUUACAGAGCAAUGAAUAGCGUCUACCUUUAUGAACAAGUCGUUCCACCCAAUCCCCUGGAGAAACUAGACACUAUUGCGUGUGAUAUUGCAGCCGGCGCUAAUGCAGGAGUGUCUCAAUUGGUCGUAUCGGCCGGACCGGUUGGUUCUGGCCAUGGAACAAUAGCAUUCAGCUGUCUUCAAUCUUCAGUCGCUGCAGAUAGAGGUUCUGCUUCCAGGAUAUCCGCAGAUCAGAGGUGUGGGACCUGCUCGACUUGCGAGUAUCAGGGGUCCUACCAGUCUGCAGAUCUCAACCAGUUAAUAACCAGUUGUGUAGAUGAUGCCUUGAAGCAGGUGGGUUCGUCACAACAUCAUCGCCUACAGACUAUGACCCCUGCAAAAGAGCCAAUCAGGCGUGAAUCCUCACCUACUCCUCAGGGGCUCCUUUGGCGAAUACUUAAGCACCUCACCUUUGCUAGCAACAAGAAUGACACAGAGUGGCCUAAACUGGCUUGUUUCACUCUCGAUAGCGGGCAACAGGUUAUGGAUCUUCUCGACUAUCCCGGAAUUACCGAGGCUUAUGGGAUGGGAGACCAUCUCGAUAUGCAGUCUAUAGACUAUGUGGAUUGUCCAGACAAAUCAGUAGAAUAUCAGAUGUAUACUGAAAAGUUUGGUGAUAGAGCUCAGACCUUCGAAGGAACAGCAUAUGGAAAUGUCCAUGACGCAGCUUCAGCCUUCUUAGCGAGUGGAAUUGUACAGCCAGGCGCUAAGGACCUUACUCUACCAUUCCGCAAAGCCAUGUCCAUGUCGCAGCACUUCAAUCCCUUAAAAUCAAGCGUAAUAAGCAAUUCUAAUACAUUUACGACAAGUGGCACUGUGCUAGAAAAACGCACUAAUGCAUCUGGUACACUUCACAUCCAAUCGCUAUACCCAGACGAUCCUCAAGACCAAUCUGGAAGUAAAACAACCAGAUCUCAUGUGAGCGAGCUAUCGGUUGAGGCUAGAACUUAUUUAGGAGCCACUAGCCAAUCAGCAAUAAGAAAAAUGAGGCUUAUCUCUACCAUAUCUACUAAGACACUUAUCAAGGCUCUGUCAAAGCCAUCACUUGUUACACUCAAAACACAUAAUGGGCUAAUAACACCAGAGUGUAUGGGUAAGUCUGGCUUAAGGAUACUCAAUCUUAACCCGUCAUCUCUCUCAUUGCUAAAGCGAUCUCUCUCUGAUCGUAGACGACCAAUUUGCACAUGGGACGAGCUCAUGAGUGUUUCAGAUGGCACUGCACAGCGUAGAGGAAGCGAGUUGGAACUUCCGUGUUUACUGAAUAUCCGGAAGCAAACGGGGUUGCCAAAUUAUGUUCUUGCUAUGGAUUCUUGUGGGCCCACAGUAGUGGUCAUAUACCUUGGUCCUUCACAGGCUUAUUCAUGCAUUAUCUUCGUUGACAUCUGCACAUGCACAACUCAGACACCACUCCAGCAGUUCUCUCUUAAGCCACAAUUUAAAACUAGCCUUGAGUCUUUAGCAGCUCUAAAGUCGCUUGUUGAUAACCUAUCUACUGAAAAACGUGCAUCGCAACCGGCAAAAGCAUACAUGCUUACGCGUUUGAUACUAGGUCAUGUUCCCAACCUAUCACUGUCUUCCAAAGAAGCGAAGCGAUCAGUUCAGCAUGUACCUACCACGCAUCGAUUUACAUACUUGCAGGAUAUUUGCAAGUCUACGCAGAAGGCAUCUGGUCAGUGUAUGUAUAGAGAGGCUGAUACUGCCUUGGAAUCAAUAAGUAUUUCAGAUUCAAAUCUGAAUGUUGCUGAAGAGCACGAUACACUCUCAGAUGUCUUAGAUAAUGAUCAUAUCCACGAAAGCGCUCUUCAACAGAUUUCUGACUCUGUAAGUACAGAUCUUCCCGGAAUUAACUAUGCCCCGCGUGAUAUAACAUUUAUACACAGCGUGCAGAUAUGCGAGACGGAUGCCAAGAACACACUACAGCAGCUGCGCUUAGCCUCUUCUCUGGACAAAAAAGUGGAGAUGGGAUUCUAUUGGUCUACUCAGCUUUACAAUGACGCUAUGUGCUUAGCUCGCAUAGAUCUUCUGCAAAAGGAAGGAGAUGAUAACCUGUCCAGCAUGCCUGUAAGUCAUAUAAGUGACCAAUAUGAUUCACAAUCUGUUGCAGACUGCAAAGAGAACCCUUAUGCAUCCCAUGGCUCCCAAGUGAGUCGCAGCUGCACUGUUGUCAAUCUGGUACGACCGGAUCAAGGCGAUACGCUCGAUAGCAAUCUAGUUUCAGCUUAUGAUAAACUGCAAACUAACAAGGAGGAUAAUUGUGGCGAGUCAACGGUCAUGAAUUCUGGUCUUCCAACAAGGAAAGAGGAAUCUCAAUAUAAGAGCUUUUCUUCACCAAGCAAAACUGAAGAAACAAAGGAUUUCUUACCUAAUAGACAUCUACCAAUCCUGCAAUCUCCUAGCGCUCCAGACUCUUCCCAAUCUCAAGUCGUCACCACACUAUUGCUGCGACUGCACAAAUAUAUAGACAGAGCACAGGCAAUGAGGGACGAGAUUGAUGCCAAAAUAACUGCGGGGCUGAUAUAA